GCGGCGCAGCGGGUCAGGUUUGCUGGGCGCGGGGUUCUGAGAACCAGCCAUGACUGCCAAAGAUUGCCCAUCAUUGUUGGGCUUUGGAACCACAAAAACAUUCAAAAUUCCCGUUGAACAUUUGGAUUUCAAGUACAUUGAAAAAUGUUCAGACGUUAAACAUUUGGAAAAAAUUCUUUGUGUGCUUAGGUCUGGAGAGGAAGGAUAUUAUCCUGAACUUAUAGAGUUUUGUGAAAAGCGCCUUCAAGGAUUGGCUCCUCAAAGUAGAGCUUUGAGGAAAGACAAACCUGCAGCGACAGAAUCCAGUUUCACAGCGAGAGAAUGGGAAAAAAUCGAUGGCGAUAUAAAGAAUUGGGUAACAGAAAUUAAAAAAGAAGAAAGUAAAAUAUAUUUUCAUGAAACUGAAACAUUUCCAGCAAAGGAAGAAAAUUUGCCUCCAGUUCGUGGUUCAAACAGCCAUCUUCAUGUUGCCAAAGGAAAAUAUUCUAAAAGUAGAUCAGCUAAAAAGAAUAUUCCAAGGGAUUAUGCAGAGUGGGAUAAAUUUGAUGUGGAAAAGGAAUGUUCAAAAAUUGAUGAAGAUAGCAAAGAAAAAACUCUAAUAAACAACAAGUCACAUUUGUCUAAAAUUGAGACAAGACUAGACACAGCAGGUCUGACUGAGAAGGAAAAGGAUUUUCUUGCUACUCGUGAAAAGGAGAAAGGAAAUGAAGCUUUCAAGUCGGGAGAUUAUGAAGAGGCUGUGAAAUAUUAUACCAGGAGCAUAUCCGUGCUUCCCACCGUAGCAGCCUAUAAUAAUCGAGCUCAAGCAGAACUCAAACUACAGAACUGGAACAGUGCUUUUCAGGAUUGUGAAAAGGUCUUGGAGUUAGAGCCUGGAAACGUAAAAGCUCUUCUGCGCCGUGCCACUACAUAUAAACAUCAAAACAAGCUCCAGGACGCGAUGGAGGAUUUGCGCCAAGUGCUGGAUGCUGAACCUGAUAACGAGUUGGCCAAAAAAACCCUGUCAGAGGUUGAAAGAGAGCUGAAAAAUUCUGCGCCUGCAUCUAAAACUCACACCAAGGGGAAAAGGAUGGUUAUUCAGGAAGUAGAAAACUCAGAAGAUGAAAAUGGAAAAGAAAGCGAAAGAAAACAUGAAGACGGCAGUAGAGAUAAGAGUAAAACAUUUUUUCUCUUUUGGUUAUGUAAAAUACUGCUUUUUUAUAUGACGAAUUUUUCCUGUGACCAUCUUUUAAGAAUUGAUCUGAAUGACUCAGUCCACAUUCAAACUUCAGUGAUUCUUUAUAUGCCAGCAACUCCCAAGUCAAUGUCUCUAGAUAAGGCCACUCCUCUGGUCCACAUUCGGAGUCACCUCCUGAGCAAGUCUUCUGGAAUGUCCUACAGCAGUCUCCAGCGCUGCAGUGCCGCCGGGGACCUCUGUCGCCCUGGUGUCAUUACGGAGGAGUGGAGUUUGCUCAUGGAUUUUCACUGUGUUUACUUCAAUGUGAUUUUAGGAAGUGGAAGCGCGGACGAUCUAAGUGUCUUAUAUUCAAAUAGAGCAGCGUGUCACCUCAAGGAAGGAAACUGCAGUGGCUGCAUUGAAGACUGUAACAGGGCUCUGGAACUUCAUCCAUUCUCCGUUAAACCUCUUCUUCGACGAGCAAUGGCCUAUGAAACUUUAGAGAAGUAUCAGAAAGCUUAUGUGGAUUAUAAAACGGUGUUGCAAAUAGACUGCGGAAUCCAGAUAGCCAGUGACAGUAUUAACAGAAUAACAAGAAUUUUAAUGGAUCUGGAUGGACCACGCUGGCGGGAGAAGCUGCCGCCCAUACCUUCUGUGCCCACUUCUGCGCAGCUGCGAGUGUGGCGGCCUCCGGCAGAGACGCCCCCAGACCAAGUGGGAGAUUCCUACAGCCAUCACCAACCGGGCAGCACAGAUGACAAAAUGUUUAAAACCCUUAAAGAAGAAGGAAAUCAAUACGUCAAGGACAAAAACUAUAAAGACGCAAUUAGUAAAUACAGUGAAUGCUUACAGAUUAACAAUAAGGAAUGCGCCAUUUAUACAAACAGAGCUCUCUGUUACUUGAAGCUGUGCCAGUUUGAAGAGGCAAAGCAGGACUGUGAUCAGGCGCUUCGGAUAGAUGACGGGAACGUGAAAGCGUGCUACAGACGAGCUCUUGCUCAUAAAGGACUCAAGGAUUAUCAGAAUAGUUUGAAUGAUCUCCAUACAGUUCUCCGGCUAGACUCAAGUAUUGUGGAGGCCAAGAUGGAACUGGAAGAGGUGACCAGAUUCCUUAAUGUGAAGGAUCAGGCAGCAUCACUCAACAAAGAAAAGGAGAGAAGGAAAAUUGAGAUUCAAGAGGUGAAUGAAGGCCAUGAAGAGCUUGGAAGGACCCCCGAGGAGGUCUGCACGGGCUGCCCUGCCUCUGAGGGGGCCACCAGCCGUGGGCCACCAGAAUACUAUGAGAAACUGCCCAUCACCAAGCCCAACAAUGCCUAUGAAUUCGGGCAGGUGAUGAACGCUGUCAGUGCUCGAAAAGAUAAAGCAGCCUGUGCACAUCUGUUAGCCAUCACUGAACCGAAAGAUCUGCCAGCGUUGCUGAGUAACAAACUCGAAGGGGAUCUAUUCCUCCUCCUCAUUCAGUCUCUGAAAAGUGAACUUAUUGGUAAAGAUCCCUCAUUAGUAUAUCAGCAUCUUCUAUAUCUGAGUAAAGCAGAAAGGUUUAAGAUGAUGUUGACCCUAAUUAGCAAGGGCCAGAAGGAGCAAAUUGAACAGCUUUUUGAUGACCUCUCGGGCACACCAAACAAACAUUUUACUUUAGAAGAUGUACAGGCCCUAAAAAGGCAGUAUGAGCUUUAAAUCAGGAUUGUUGUUAGAUCUCUUCCAUGCAUGCAUGUGCUCCAGUAACACUAGGGAGACGGUAUUGUCAUACAGUUGCAUGGAUAAAACCUUGCUUAGAAAAGAUCCCUGGGUCUGGACUAUAAAAUAUUUUACUUAUUUUUAUACAUAGAACAUGUAUAUUCUACAAUCUGCUUUUUAUCAGUUGUAAAUAUUUUCUUACGUACCAGAGCUAACAUCUUUAUAUUUAAUAAUAAGUAUAUUUGGAACUUAUUCAGAUGCAUUUUAAUUUAUAUCAUACAUUUCCUUUAAUAACUUGUUAAAAAUUUUGAGUUAAAUUGCAUUUCUUUGGGCUAUGAAGGCAUCCACUUAGGUUUGACAGAAAUAUAUUUCUUUAAAAUGCAUUUUUAAAAGUGAAAAUCAUUAACAGUGAUUAUGUCACCUUUAUUUCCUGCUAACACAUACAUAUAAGUCCCAUUUUAUACUACUUGUAUAUUACAGUCUGCUAAGAUAAAAUGCAAUACUUAAAUCCAUAAUAUGAAAUGAUUAUUAAAUAAAUUGUGAUUAUCAAUUUAAAGCUUUAAGAGGAACUUAUUUUUUCUAAUAUGGAAGCAUUGCCUAAUAAUUAAGAACAAAAAUUGCCAAAAAUUUCUACCACUUUUUACUAGACUUUAAAAAGCUCCUUUCCCUUAUAAAUUGCUUGUAUAAGCAGUAACAAAACAACAAAUACCUAAGAGCAAACUAAGCCUUCAUUUCUGUUUGCAUUGUCAACCCCAUAUUUCCCCAAAUAUUUAAAUGUCUUCUUGCCCUCUUUCAUCCCUCUUUUAAGCAGGACCAUGUUUAUUCCCUUAAUGUCAAAGGAAAAGUGAAGAACUCUUGAAGCUCUUUUGUUAACUGAGGGUAAAGGUAUUUCUUAGAAUAAAACAUUCGGUUUCUAUCAGUAUACCAUCAAACAUA